UAUGAAAAUUUCCAUUUUCGUUGUCGACAAAGAAACUACCAGAAGAUUGGAGUUCCGUUCCGCGACGCAACGCCACCGAUGGGAGCGUCCAACUCGGCGGAGCCGAAGCUUUCGCCGGAGCAGAGGGAGGCGGAAUCCAUCGCAGCCUCCACCGGUGCUCUCCCCAUGCUUCAGAAAGCCUUCUCGAAACUCGCCAAUCCCGAAUCCAACACUGUUCCCUUACAAAAUCUCCAGCAAUGCUUCGGUUUGAAUCGCGAAGGUGGAAGUUACAAUACAGAGAAUGCACCAGAUUCGUUUCCAGUGUUGUUGGAUCAGUUAGGUUCAUCUCUGGUUGAUCAAUUUUUCGUUCCUGAUAAAGAGGGAAUAAGCUGGAUUGAAUUCGUGAAAGGCUACAACAAUUGCUGUGCGAGGGUGUCUGCAUCGGUUUCGCUGAACAUGGUUCUGAGAUUGUUCCUUGCUUUGGCAGGAAAGGCCAAUCAGCCUCUGCAUUUGGAGUUUGAGUCUGGAGAUUCUGAUUGUAAGAUCAACGGGUACCUUCUUCCUCGUGAGGUGUUUUUGCUUCUGUCCAUGUGUUGGGUUAUGUCGUGGGGUUGUAGAGGUUUGAAGGGGAAAGGAGAUGUGAGUCUUCCUGAUUUGAAUCAUUUGGUGCUGUCGGCGAUCGUGUCGUGUGGUCAAGUUGAGGGUGGGUUGAAUGUGUGGGAUUGUGAUAUCUUGAGCUUGGAGGUUCAACUUCCUGCUGGGAAGUUUGUUACCUGGGUUAUGAGUACAGUGCCGUGCUUACCGGAUUGCUUAAGGCAGUAUUUUCUUGCAAGACUGCUAUCUGCAGUAACUACUGGGGAUGAAUUGGGGUUAUCUAGUUCUUCCGCUGUUGGAGAUAUUUCGUCAACAGCUACACAUGAUUAUAUUUUAACUCAAGGAAGGGCUUGGGCAAUUUCUAUCACACAGAGAACUACAGUUAAUGAAGAGAUUUCUAGAGCAUUUAUUAGUGGUGGAGAUGGAAUAGAUGAUAACCUUCUAUAUCGGGCAUCCGCUCAUGGAAGAGGCCUCAACAGAUUUUGGUCUAAUGUUGAAGGUUACAAAGGUCCAUUGCUAAUUUUGGUUACUGCAAGUUCAGGAGAUGCUGAUGAGAGUCAUGAGAGUAGUUCUACCAAUAGGAAAUGGGUUUUAGGUGCCCUAACAGAUCAAGGUCUUGAAAAUAAAGAUAUCUUCUAUGGAAACUCUGGAUGUUUAUACUCUAUAAGCCCUGUGUUUCAUGCAUUUCCACCUUCUGGUAAGGAAAAGAAUUUUGUUUAUAGCCACUUGCAUCCUACUGGCAAGGGGUACCAACCACAUCCAAAGCCAGCGGGAGUUGCAUUUGGGGGAACUCCGGGAAAUGAAAGAAUAUUUAUGGAUGACGAUUUUUCUAAACUGACUGUUCGCCAUCAUGCUGUUGACAAAACUUACCAGAGUGGUUCCCUCAUUCCAGAUCAGGGUUUCCUACCUGUUGAAGCUCUGAUUUCAGAAGUUGAAGUUUGGGGACUUGGUGGGAAUGCGGCAAAGGAUGUGCAAAACUCAUAUAAGAGGAGAGAAGAACUUUUCACAGAGCAAAGACGAAAAAUUGAUUUGAAGACGUUUGCAAAUUGGGAGGAUUCACCUGAGAAAAUGAUGAUGGACAUGGUGUCCGAUCCAAAUGCUGCUAGAAGGGAAGAACGAUGAGUUGGACCAUGUAGUUCUGCAUUGUCUGGUGGCUGGUGCUAUAUUUAACAGACAUGAGCAUGGAAUAAAUUUCAUAUUUUACCUGAUUUAUCGUUUUUUUUCAGGCUUGUGAAUCUCUGUACAGGAAUAGAGAAAGUUUGUAUAAAUUGUAUUUUAAGAAAAUAUAGUUGGUUCACUUGGUUGUAAUAAUUUUCUUCACAAACACGAUGUGGGACUUCUGUAUAUGUUUUUCAUUCCUUAAAAUAUACCAUCGUUUGCUUUUAGAA